CAAUUUCGCCUGUCCGCUCGCUUUUCUAUACAAUUUUGUAUCUCGUAAGUACACAGUACUCGUUUCAUCAUGCAUUUCACCAGCCAAGUUCUAACCGUGCUCGCCGCCUCCCUCUUAGCCGCCACCGCAGCCGCUGCACCCAAGUGCCAUGUCGGCACCACCUGGCCUGACCCCCGCGACUGCCACAAGUUCUUCGAAUGCGCUGCCGGCAGUAUCCUGGUGCGCAAGAGCUGCGGUCCGGGAACAGACUACAGUCCUAGGCUGAAGAUCUGCGACUACGAGGAGAACGUUCCUUCGUGCCACCGUGGUAAGCCUGACUGGAAGCCGCAUUGGUCUACGGACGACAAGGAUAAGGGUAAGGGUAAGGGCAAGGGCAAGGACGAAUGGCCCAAGAAUAAGUAUGAGCAGGAGAAGCGUCAGGACUUGCACAGUGGAUGGGAGCAUGAUGAUGAGCACAAGCAUAGAGACCCAUACCCCCACCGCCCCUGGUGGAAUGAGCAUUCCGGGGACCAUCGUCCGCCCCAUGAGUGGCCUGGGUAUGGCGAUUACAACGGCGAGGAGACCACCGAUGAAACCAAUGAGGGGACCACCGAAGAGACUACCGCGGAGUCUACCGGCGAAACCACCGGCGAAACCAACGAGGACACUACUGAGGAUACCAACGAGGACACUACUGAGGAUACCAGCGAGGACACUACUGAGGAUACCAGCGAGGACACUACUGAGGACACCAACUAA